CACUUGGCGGCCAGGACUCAAAGGUGAAUGGCGUGGCCCCGGAGGCAGUGGCUUGGUUCCUGCUGACUCUGUCCUCAUGGUUGAAUGAGGAGGAUGUAUUUCCCUCCCUGCCACUGUCUCCUUCUUUCCCCAUUCUUCCUUUGCUCUUUUGUUUGGCAGUACUGGUGACCGCACCCAGGCCCUCGCACAUACCAGGCAACCUGCUGUGGGAUUUAAAAACCACCACUUCGGCCCAGAUCGGCAGCGCGGAAGUCCUGCGCAUGCGCAGUGCCGCACCUUCGCCUGCGCUCCACCUGCGCACUACAACUCCCCGCAGGCUCCGCGCUCGUCUCAGGCGUCGCGGGCUGCUGACGUGAACAUCAGCGCGGGGAAUUUCGAGUGGAGUCCCGCGCAGGAGGCCAGUGGGUCCCCGGUAUCCUCCUGGGCGAUCAUGGAACCCCUGGAUGAGCCUCGGUGGCCUCCGGGUCUGGCAGUCAUGAGGACAGUAGAUGAUUUGCUGCGAUGUGGAAUUUGUUUUGAAUAUUUCAACAUUGCAAUGAUAAUUCCUCAGUGUUCACAUAACUAUUGUUCCCUCUGUAUCAGAAAGUUUCUGUCAUAUAAAACCCAGUGUCCAACUUGUUGUGUGACGGUCACAGAGCCAGACCUGAAAAAUAACCGCCUACUGGAUGAACUGGUAAAGAGCUUGAAACUUGCACGGAAUCAUCUGUUGCAGUUUGCCUUAGAGUCACUACCCAUAUCUCCUGCUUCUUCCUCAAAGAAGCUGGCUGUUAAAGUACAGAGUCCUGGAGCCUUCAAACAUUCUUUAAAGCAGGGCAACACAUUAAUGGACAAGUUUUUGAUCAGAGAAACUGGUGGUUCUACAUCAGAGUUGUUGAUAAAAGAAAAUGACAGCAAAUUCAGCCAUGGAAGAGAGGCAAGCCCUUCUAUAGAGACCAAAGACACAUGUUUUGUAGAAAACAUGACACCUGGCUACUCAGACACUAACAGGCCUGAGAUACCCUCUACAUCUUUUUUGAAACAAGUUGUUAAAGUGGAUUGCCCUGUUUGCAGUGUUAGCAUCCCAGAAAAUCACAUUAAUAAGCACUUAGACAGCUGUUUGUCUCGCGAGGAGAAGAAGGACAGCCUCAGAAGUUCUGCUCAGAAAAGGAAGCAGCUGCCCAAAACCGUGUAUAACUUACUCUCUGAUCGUGAUUUAAAGAAAAAGCUAAAAGAGCAUGGAUUAUCUACUCAUGGAAAUAAACAGCAGCUCAUUAAAAGGCACCAAGAAUUUGUCCACAUGUAUAAUGCCCAGUGUGAUGCUUUGCAUCCUAAGUCAGCUGCUGAGAUAGUCGAAGAGAUUGAAAACAUGGAGAAAACCAGGAUGCGUCUUGAAGCAAGUAAACUCAAUGAAAGUGCUAUGGCUUUUACAAAGGACCAAACAGAAGAAGAAAUAGAUGAAAUUCAUCGUAAAUACCGUAAAAAGCAUCGGAAUGAGUUUCAGCUUCUGGUGGAUCAAGCCAAAAAAGGAUACAAGAAAACUGGUGGAGUAUUAAAAGACAAACUAAUGAAAAAAGAUGAAUCUGCAGAAAAGAUGUUAUCUGUGUGCUUGGAUGAUACAGUGAAGUUCUCAGGUGUGGCACCCACUGCAGACCACUUUCACCCGUCACAACUGGGCUCCGCAUUGAAGCUGGAGCCCGAGAGAGCAGAUGAUUCUUCUAGUUGUACUGAUAUUCAGGAAGUCUCGUCAGAGUCAGAUUCAUGCAAUAGCUCCAGUUCGGACAUCAUCAGGGACCUUUUGGAGGAGGAGGAGGCCUGGGAAGCCGCGCACAGAAAUGAUCUUCAAGACGUAGAAACAAGCCCAAGACUGAAUCGCCGCACAAGAGCAGCUGAAAGUGCGGAGACCGAACCAAGAAAUAAGCGCAACAGGAAUUAGCGCCUUCUGCCGGCUUCCAGUCCACGAUCGGAACACGGGAGCUUCACUGCUGAGUGACUGUAGAUGCAUAUUUAUAAAUGACCAAGGAACGAUGUGAAAUCCUAAAUGUUAUAUUAAUUUCUAAAUCCUAAUCGUAAAUAUUAACGAAUUUCUAUUCUUUCUGGAAAAUAUUUAUCUUUCUGGGAAAGGAGAAGUUUACAAAGCACUGUCCCUUGAUCUGUUGCCUCUAAAACGUUAGCAUCCACUUGCUCCCUCCCUCGGGUGGGUGGACUGCUUGCAAAGGGAUUUGUUUGCUUUCUGAGUUUCAGGGUCUCUACUAGCCGUUCUCGUUUUCUCCCAACCUCAGAAGAUUCUUCUCAGCCUCCACAUCGUAUCAAGCAGCUGGUUAGGGCUCUGUGUUCUGCCAGACUUACAUGCUUGGGAGUGUGAGAACCUGAGGCCGGGCUGCUAUGGGGUUCCCUGGUGGGUCCCCCAAGAUCAGUGGAGUUGUUUGUUAGAUUUGUGUUUCACGUAUCACUUGAAGUUGUAUUUUAAUUUAAAGUCACAAAGUUAGUGUUAUAAUUUUUUAAGUUACAAAGUUAAUAUUAAUAACUUUACAAGUUACAGAGCUAGUAUUGUCGUUUGUAAAAGUUACAAAGUUAGUAUUAUUAAUUUUUUAAAGUAAAAAGUUUAAAGUCACAGUAAGUUUGAAAUAGUAGACAUUUUCUUCUGAAAUGGCACUUAAAAAUGACUACUUUUAGUAUUUUUUAAUUUGAGCCAAUGAAACUAAUACUAUGAAACCCAGCUUUUAAAAUAUGCAAUAAAUGGAUUUGCAAGUGAAGAGACUAGGUCAAAUUGGAAUAAUGUCCUCAGGAUGGUUUCCUGCGAACGGUGGAGUACGGGGCUACAGAAACUGUUAGUGCGCUGACCAGGAAUUGUGGUCUGUGUACAGAACGUUGUGCCUUCCCCAGUUCUUUGGGAUUUCAGAGUUGGCCUGUCCCUCUGCCACCCACAACCCAAAUAUAUCAGCAUCCAAAUAACAUGACAGCAGGUGUGGCAAGGAUAAAACAUCAAAUUCAGGAGAGUGCUGGGGGUGGAAUUUGUGAUUUCGCCUUUCCAAAGUGUAUCUCUGUAGACAUUGGUCCUUGAAUGUGCUUUGGGGUUUCAGACUGUGGAGUGUCAUGGUAACAGUUUAUCCUCUCAGCACUGAAAUCCACUGUUUGUCUUCUUCAGGAGGGCCUUGAGUUUCAAGUGGAUAGAGAAGAAUGUGUCGUAGUCAUUGUGUCUGCCUCAAGCCAAGUGGUGCAUUAGGGAAGCUGACAGCAGCGUCCAGACCAAGUUUCUCAGUGUGUCUGCGGUGAGAUGAGUGAGCAGGAUCAGCAAAAGGAGACUGCUGCAGGUGUGAUAUUAGCAUCACUGAGUGGCCGGAAUCCAUGCUACAUGCUUGUUUCAUUAAACAUUACACAGCCCACUGUAAGUUAAGCAGGAAGUGAUUGCUAUUUUAAUUUCAGCAAAAGGAAUAUUUCAAGGGCUCGGUAGGACAGGAUGGGGACCGGGUACAUGAAUUCCUUCAGUAAAUAUUUGAUAAUCUACUUAGUUAUGUAUCUUUGCUAUGCUGAGCACUGGGAAGCACAAGAGGUUACCAAAGGUGCUCAGUAGGACAGGCAGGAAGAAUUCAUACCUUAGGGUACGUUUGACCAGUUUUGAUUUUCAUAACUGGAGAUGGGGCGCGAGGGGGUACUAACCCCACAGGGGGAGGCCAGGCAUGCCACCAGCUGUUGGAAUAAAGCCAGCCCCUUCGUGUGAGUCUCCUGGGGCCAGGGCCACAUCCCAGCAUUGCAUAGGUUGGGUCCCUAAGUGACAGACGCUCCCCACUCCAGUGUGGGAGGCUGCAAAGUCUUAGAUCAGUAGGCAUUUUCUAGGCCUCUUUCCGUGGCUUGCAAACAGCUGCCCCCUUGCUGUGUCCAAGCAUAGUCUUUCCUCUGUGCGCGGUGUCUGGUCCAUAUUUCUCCUGACAAGGCCACAGUCACAUUGGCUCAGCAGCUGCUGUGUGACCACGUUUCACUUCCUUUUCCUCUUCCAGGACCCUGCCUCUACAUAUACCCACAUGACGACCGCUGGGACUUAGGACUUCCAUCCUAUGUUAUUUUGAAGAGGGCACAAAUUAGCAAAAUAAAGGAUUAAACAUUUCAAAUUUCAGUGGUAACAAGAUAGAGAAACCCAUAUCUAAAGAACCCCCAGGUUGCUGCAACCAGUAUAGCUUUUGGGGUUCCUGGGGCAGAAAACUGUAAAAGGAUGAGAAAAUACAGAAGAGAUGAAAGCUGGGGUCAGGUGGAGGCCUCUCCUGAUGAGAGGAAAGGAACUUCCCCCUACUAUAGGGUCGUUUAUUUAUACUAUGACAUGACACCCCCGUUGCCUAGGAAUCCACCUGUAUGGCAAACCAAAGGCCUGAUGGGAGUGGGGCUUGGAGUGGCUGUUUCUGGGGCUCGCUGUAGGUGGUCUUUGUGGGCCCAACAAAGGUGUGGUCAGUUUCCAUCUUCAAGGGCUUCCUACACCAGGUUUAUCUGAAGAAUGAGGCCUUUGAGCAUUUACUGAGAUUUAUGUGUUAGUACUUAGGAUUGAAAACAAAGUGUAUCAAUUUAAUAAAGAUUAAGGAAUCUAGAGUGUUAGAUUCAAAAUUAAAACUGAUAGGCUUUUAUUUCUAAAAUUGACCUUUUAGUGAAAAUUUAAUCACUCCAACUUAGAGUCAUUCACUGAUUGUUUCCCUUUUUGCCUAUUAUCUUGGGGUGUAACAGCUGCCAGUGGUCUUAUCAAGUCCAAAUAGUUGUUCAGGCCAUAGUCAGGUGGUCUGUGACUUUCCAAACUAUUAGCAUCUGAUAGAAUAAAAUAGCAGUUCUCCAAAGGAGACUUUUUCCCAUUAUAUUGGACUUUUUAUUAUAAAAUAAUUAUGAACAUUAGAGGGGAAAGUUAUAACCAUUAAAUUCAUUACCAUUUUGAUGAUCUUUGUUGGAUUUUAGUCUUAGUGCAUUUUAGACGUCUGGAAGAAUAACUAAGGCUAUAAACAAGUCAAAUUAGUAUUAACACCCAAGUUACUGGCUUUAUUCCCACCUACACUUACACCUUACUUACAGAGGGCAUUUUGCUAGCCCUUCCCUGAUAUUCCUGGGUAUCCUUAGGCCGCAGACUAUUCUGAAUUCAGAUGCAAGUCCAUGCUUACGUAUGUUGCUGGUCUCACAGAUUCCUGCUCUCAGCCUGCCCACCUCACGCACACACCAUGAUAUACACAUGUAUCAUGUGCAUCACAGGUGGUCAGUGGAGAGGCCUGCAUGCCAAGGAUACAGGCCAGCACAGUCCCAGAUGCUGGGGCAGCCUGGUCAUCCUGGCCUUGCUUUGUUCCCCGUGGAAGCAGGAGCCAGCUCCCCCAGUUUCAGUGCCUCGUGACUUGGAUCCGCAGUACCCUCAUGAAAAAUGUGUCCUUCUCCGGGGCCUUUGCUUCUUUCUCUGUUCUCUUUUCCUUCCCGCACUUGCCUUCUCUCUGCUAUUAGAAUGCUGAGUCAGGUGCGAUGCAAAUUGGAGAAACUCCCCUGGUGGCACUCCUGUAGACUAGAAAGAGAGACAAACACUAAUCAGUAAUUACUCAAGUCAACUUAGAGUAAGUGCAGGGGCGGGCGGGAAGGUGUGAGUGACUGAGUGCAUAGGCCACCUCCACAUAUACACGCAUGGCUUCCAUUUGGCACUAAAAGAGUUCCCAGUGCAUUGUCUGUACCCCUGAAUGGUUGACAGCAGUCCGUUGGAGCACGUGCCACCUUGUGCAUAGACAUUUUAUUCUUGGACACUUGGAUUACUCCCAGUUUUUGUCCAAUUAUGAAUAAUUAUGAACUGAACAUCAUGAUCAUAAUUUUUUUCAAUAUAUGUGAGUACUUCCUAAGGAAUUAUUAGAACAUUAGCUUUUAAUAAAAUAGUGGCCAGGUUUUCAAAAUAAGUAGGACAAAAGUUUUAAAUUCUCUGGGAAACUUGUUCUGUGAGUUUUUAAAUAAUGUGUAGUAGAAAUGUACUGGAGCUCUUUGGUAGGAAUUUCACAGAUGUAAACGUGCUGCUUCUGUUAACUAUCAAAGCUGAAGAUCCAAAAUUGGCGGGUACUGAGUAAGACAUUGUUACAGUUCUGAGCACCUAAAGAACUUUGGUCAUGUCAAAACACCGUACCCCACACCCACAACUCCAGGGAGGAGAGCUUCAUUUUUGGCUCAUGUUGGUAGAGGUUCAGUCUGCAGUUAGCUGGUCCAGAGCAGAAGCGGCUUGGGACAGGCAUGCGGGUGAGAGCUGCUCAUGUCACAGCAGCCAGGAGGUGCGGGGUCGAGGGCAGAGGUGGCAAGGUGAGGGGAUCCUGUCUCCCGACCAGGGCUGGUGUUUGUUUUUCUAGCAGACUACAAAUGCAGUGAUACCGAAUUGUGAGGCGACGAGUAGUCAACUGUGAACUGUCCAGACCACCUUACUCUUCGUGCAGGGUAGAACACUGAGAGGCCUGGGCUUCCGCUUGUCAUGACAGAUCACUUACCAAAGCACGCUCUUCAGGAAGAAUGAAAUGGAACCCACAGGAAAAGAAUGAGAUGCAAAAGGCAAUGAAGUGGGCUAAAAAAGGGGGCAGAUUUUAAGUAAAUACAGAAUUGAGGUGGGGUGAAGAGGAAGGGAUUAAAACAAAGUGGAAAUAAAAUAUUAGUAACCGGGCAUCCUGCACAACUAAAAUACCAGCACCCCAGAGGCCGAGGCAGGAGGAUCAGCAGGAGUUCUGGGCUAACCUGGGCUACGUAGUGAGUUCAAGGCAAGCCUGAACUACACAGUCAAACCAUGUGUCAAAACACAAAUAAAUGAACUAUUAGAUAAUAAUGUAGGGCUUGGGAGAGGAUGAUUAGACUGGGAAGGCACCCUGAGCCAUUAGUAUUCUGUGGGAAACAUCAGCCUGCUUGGAUCUGUUUAACAUUCUAAGGUAAUCCUUUGUGGACACAAACUGCAUUAUUUUCUAAGCUUGAAAGUGGGAUUAAGGAAAAUGCAAUUAAACCAUGGUGAGGCAGAGAAAGAAUGAGGGCUGCACACUAAGAACAAGCAUAGCUCUGGAAAACAAAACAAGCUCCCGUGUAUCAGUAAUUAUAUGUAAAUGAUAUAACCCAAAUUCUUUUUUUAAAGAGGGUAAGAUUAAACAAAACAAAACAGAUCAUAAGGAAACAAUUUUAAGAAACAUGGAUUUCAAAGCAAGUCCACUGGAGAUCUUCACUGUCUAUCAUAUUGUCUCUAGCUUGCUUCCACAUAGUUGUCCCCAUCUUCACAUAUUGAAUACAUACUGAACAUUAUAGAACUAAUCAGAUCAUUACAGGAUGAUGAAGGCUUUCUAGGUCUUCAAGACCUGACACUGGGGAAGUCAACAAUGACUGCCAUAAUGUCUCUCAUUCUCUUCGAAGUAGCUGUCCUUAUCUUUAUGUAUGCUGAAAUUAAACAUGAAACUAGACUAAUAUCACUCUGAGCAGUGAAUAAUAGUAUUGCUAGAUUUUAUAUCAUAAUGCUAUUGAAUUAGCACUGGGUAUCUUAGUGUCUCUUCCUCAGAAGAUCUGUGCAUUACAUUGUGCAUUAUAUAAUCUGUUCCCAUAAACUGUUCAGAAAUUUUCGACAUGUGUGACUCUCUACAUGUAUAUCUAUCCUUUCUGUAUUAUAGGGAAAAACAGAUCAAAACAAGACAACAAAACAAAUUCCUGGAAAAAAAUGAAAAAGGUCAUAUAAAAGCACAAUAUUAGGUGAUCUACAGUAGUUACUAUGCUUUCUCUUGUUAUUUUCAAUAAAAUUGUCUACAUCAGACAUAAUAUAAUUGAGCAUAGCAUUACAUAGCAAUUUUAAUAAAAACACACCAUUGGAGACAUUGUAGACUUCAUUGUAGAACACCAUGGAGACUUCAAAAGCAGUUAGUCAUCAAACCAGAAUGGAUAUCUUAUUACAUCUUGUCAUCUUCAGAGUAGUUGCCUCUGCUCUUAGACUUGAUACUACCAAGCAUACCAAGUUCGAAUAAAAUCAGUCAAGACAAAACAGCGGUCUAAACCAGCUUCAAAUAAGAUCUGUCAUUGUAAGACAAUGUAAGUAAUACAGGGCUUCAGUUUAAGUUAAUAGGGAAUUAAGGAUAGUUACUGUGGGAUAUCCUGCUAUUUUUGGGUUAGCUGUCUGUGCCCUCAAAUCUAGUAUGAGUAGACAGACUGGAACAAAAUAAAAUCAAACUAAACAGAGCGAUAAGACUCUGUGGCUUUUAAAUCCUGAUACACUAUUAACAGUGUCCUCUGCCUUUUUUUUAGGCAAUUCCUCGCCUUUCCCUUUCUCAGGGUGCCUUGUAUAUUUUGGGUCUCUCUAGCUCCUUUAGUUUUUAGAUUAGGGGUCAACCUGUUAUCUAUCUGAGUGGUGCCGAACCUUUUUACUCCUGAGCUUGAUCUUGAGCUGUACUCCUGUACUAACUAAAGCCACAAGGUUUUCCUUCUAGCUGAGUAGUUCUCCACUGCACAAAAGUGUCAUGACUUUCCAACCUAUCUGUGGCUGCUGGACGAGUUGUCCCUAUUUCUCUCUGGUUCCCUGUCACAUAGAGCAUCGUUUUCUCAUCUUUGACUUUCAGUUUAUUAACCCUCUUUCAGGUUGAGUAUAUUUCCUAUUCAGAGCAUCUCGAUGGAUCCUGCCUCCUAAUCUACUCUGCCUGUGUUUCUUUUUGUUUGUAUAUCAAGGCUACGUAUAUUAGAGAUUAUAGCCCACUUUCUCUGUCUCAUCUCUGCUAUUCUAUUUUUCUUCCAUUAUUUGUCCACUUUUCUCCUCAUUCUGCUGUCUGCCCCAUUCAUUGAGGCCUCUCUGCCACUGUUGCUGGAGUCCUGGUAUUUUCUCUCUCUCUCUAGAAAGUCCUUCAGUAUUUUUUGUAGGGCUGAAUUGGUGGCCAUGAACUCCCACAGUUCCUCCUUGUCUUGGAAACACCUUGUUUCUCCAUUAAUUUUGAGAGAGAGUUUUUCAGGGUACAUCAAUCUGGGUUGGAGGUUAUUUUCUUUCAGGUCUUGGACUACAUUCCCCCAGGCUCUUCUUGAUUUGAUAAUUUGUAUUGAGAAGUCUGUCAUUAUUUUGGUGAAUUUUCCUUUGUAGGUGAGCUACUUCUUUUCUCUGACCGCUUUUAAUAUUCUAUUCUUCUGGUCGAUUUCUGGGAUCUUGAUUAUUGUAUGUCUGGGUGUAGAUCUGUUUUGGUUGUAGGUGGCUGGAGUUCUGUAUGCCUCAUUUAUCUGGAUAUCAUUUCUUUUUCCUAUGCUUGGGAAGUUUUCCUCAAUUCUUUUUGUGAAUAGUCUUUGUAAUUCGUUUGUGGUUACUCCUGCUUCUUCACUCACAUUUUUUAUUCUUAUGUUAUAGAUUCUCUUGUUAUCUUCUAGCCUUUGAAUUGUUACUUUCUGGUUCCUUGUUAUUUUUAAGAGGUCUUUUCUUUCACAAUCACACAUGGCAAAUCUAUCUUCCAAGUUUUGGAUGGCUGACUUUUGUUUGUUUUUGCCAGCUUUCAAUGGAAUUUUUAAUUUCCUGGUAAUCUCUUUGGAUCUGUUUCAUGUAUUCUAGGUUUUGUUUAUAUUCUUCACCAAAGGUUUCUCAUCCUUUUCUGGGUUCCUCCAUUCUUCCAUCUGUGUCUUCUUGAGAGGGGCUUAGCAUUUCUUUUAUUUUUUUAUAUCUUGCCUCACUUGGGUUAGAAUUUCAGUUUUAAGUUCAUCUAUGAGGUCAUGAAGGUAUUUCUUUAUGUUCGUUGAUGUUGUGGCCAAUAUUGCAUGAUUGCUACUGGUUCUCUUCUGUAUUUACUUCUCCUGGGCUUAUUUUCCCAGGGUCAGCUGCUGCAGGUUUUUUGUUAUUUUUUUUCUCUUGUCAUGUUUCUGGUUUCUUUCAGACAGGUGUGUGGUAGAGGUCUCAGGCCCUCUUUGUACUGUUUAUGGUUUUUCUGAAGCAUGCUGGCUGGGGGCUUGCUGCCCUCUCCAGUUUGCUGUUAUCUGAGGUGCAUGCAGGGACUGUGGGCUGGCCCUACUUCUUUGAGCCAGGCAAUCAGUGAGUGCCUUCGGCAACUUAGGCUGUGCUAUGGUGGACAUCACAGGGUUGGAACAGUUUCGUCCCUAGCUAUUGAGUCCCGACCAGGGCCAUGACUCAGCCCAAGCAGGUCCCAUGAGUCUGCUUUGGGCCAGGGGCAGCUGACGCCGCCACGGCACCAGUCUCAGGCCUAUUCUGCCCAACUCCAAUAUAUCUUCCAACUGGCCACACAUGCCAUGGGAUCCAACUUCCAGCACUCACCGAGAAUUAAUGCAGUUCUCCACCUUGGCUCCAGUCCAUGCUGCACCAUGUCCGCCAAGGGCCCGGGACUCACCAACUCCCGUUAUCGGCGGCCAUGGCUUUAGCGUGACCUUGAAUCGUGUGACUCCACCGGGUGUCCGGCUCUAGACUUCCACCCGCAUUUUUCCUUCCUCUUCCUAUUUUUCUUUUUCCUUCAGUUUCCUCGUGGAUCACGAAAAUCCCCUCUCCCCUCGUCCAGCCCUCUCCAUGUUGUCAAGUUCCAGCAUCUGAGCUGUUUUUCCCAGAGAGGCUCUCUAACCAGCCACCUGUCAAGCUGCCAUCUUCUUCACUCCACAACUCAAAUUCUUAGUAACAUCCAACAUUUAUGACACGUGUCUUAGUGCCAGGACUGUGAGUUUUGUUGGUGUUAACUCUUUGUCAUCACAAACAUAGCUCUUAUAGGUAAGGAAACUGAGGCAAAAGGCAAGACAUUCUCCAGCAAUACACCACUACCUUGUAUGAGAAUGUCUCAGAUUAGGUUUUAGACACUGAGCAACCUCUGUGCUGUUGCCAAGAAAUAUAAUGACAUGAAAAGCAAGAGGUAGGAAAAGAUGCCAGACAAAGCUAAUGAAAUGAUUAUAACAAACUAGCCUUUUAUAAUCUUUUCAUCCCACUGUGAAUUAGUGGAAUUUUGUUAUUGAAGACUGAAACAUGGAUUAGCUUCUCCAAAGGAUUACAGUUUUUUAUUAGAAAGGAUUAGAGCAAGUGCUGGAACAAGAAAUGGGCAGUUUACUCCCGUCGGAGGUGUGAGUGUUGGCUUGGUGCUCUGCCACUUGGCUCUUCCUGUGGUCCCUGCCCUCCAGGAACACCGUGCUUCACAUUGUCAUGCCAUUGCCCACAGCCCCACCUCUAUGAGCAUUCCUCUUUCCAUUUGGGAAAACAGACCCACUAGUAAAUACUCAUUUAACGACUACUCUGUUAGGACGUAACAGAUGUAGGAGAAAGAAGCUCUCCGAGGAGCGGCUCACUUUUCCUCCCUGCUUCUUUGCUUCCUCUUUGGUGACUAGACACUUGGGCUGAAAUGUAGACCAGCAGAGCUCUUUGUUCUGAGGUCAACAGUCAGCCAGUUUGUCUCUCACCUUCUAGAUCCCUUUGUUGAACGAGUUUUCAGCACUGAUGGAAUGUUCUCCAUCUCUACUGUCCAGUGUGGCAGCCAUUGGAACACUGUUGAAGAACUGGAUUGUCAUUGUAUUUCAUCUAAUUUUCACAAACACAUACAUAAAGACCAGCAUCAAUACUCGAUUUAGGUCUAGAACAACUCUAGAUUAUCAGACUGGGGACUGGAUGUCUCUAUCAGGCUCCCUAACUAUUCAAGUAUUUCAAGCUUGGAGUGGUCCUGCUGCCAUCCUUUGUCCUUCAUUGGAGUGAAGAGACAAGAACCCACAUCUUCUCUUUGGGAAGAAAGGAAAAUGGGGCUCUCAAUAAAGUUCACUUGAAAGAAAUUCCAGUUCUUCCUCAAGACUUUACACCAUCCUGGUAGCUCAAGAAUUCAUUGUGUAGCAAGUUUUUAUCAUUUUUUGCAAAUUUAGGUGAUUUGAUUCCAACCUCUCCUUAACACUUGUUAUUUAUUAUCUUUUCUCAGUUAGGACAUUUGAGUAUAUUGUUCCACGUAGAACUUGGUUUUGAUUCUUUGAAUUUGGCUUCUUUGGAUACUCCAUCCAAAUGCAAUGAUUCAGUUUGUCUUUGUGACUGAUGGGCUUCACUCCACACAUUGUCUGCAAAGUUCAUCACAGUGUUCCAUAUAAUUGGCUUUCCACCUAAGGUGGAAUAAUCUCCCAUGGUGUGUAAAUGCCAUGUUUCUCUUUCUUUAUUCUUAGGUGGACAUCUGAGGUUUCCUAUUUUUCUUUCCUACUGUGAGUAAUGCCACAGUGAACAUCUCGGGCAGAUGGCACCUUACACUCCAGGUCGUUUACAAGUGGAAUUGCUAUGCAUAUGGUAGUUCUAUUUUUAGGUUUUUGACAACCCUUCAUGGAGUUGUCCACAGCAGCUGUACUAUUCUGUCAUCCCAUCAUUUGUGCAUGAGGAUUUCAGUCUCUACAUCCUCAUCAACAUUUGCUGUUCUUUGUUCCUUUUAUGAUGGCUACGAUAGUGGGUAUAAAGUGAUAAUUCCUUGUGGCUUCAUUUGCAUUUCUUAAUGAUUAGUGAAGUUAAGCAUCUUUUGAUAUGUUUCUUGACCUUUUUUAUAUUUUCUUUGACAACAUUUUCUCAAGUCCUCCAUCCAUUUUUAAAUCAGAUUAUUUGUUGUUUUAGAAUUUAUCUCUGAUCUCAUCUUUCCCAAAACACCCUGGCCUUUGAGAUUUAUUGAGGCACCCUUCGCAGUUUGCCCUUUGUAUGCCUGCUCCUCAGCACAUCCUCUUCCUGAUACAACAAUUAUCUCAGUGGUACAACUUCUCUGGUUGGUUUCCCCACAGCAGCCAUAGUGUAACCAUAGUGGAAGUGCCUGGGGCUACAUCUCCUCUUUAGCCUCUGCCUCUUGUCCUCCCACUGCUCUCUAGAGGGAAGCUGCUCAGAUUCUAUCACAGUUGCUGCACAUUGUGCACAGUCUCAGGAACUAACCUUUCUACCUCAUUGUCUUGGUUACUUUUCUCAUUGCUGAGACAAAAUGCCUGAUGCCCAAAAUGAAGAAAAGAAAGGUUUAUUUAGCUCACAGUUUGUGGAGGUUUCAGUCUAUACUCAGCUGGCUCCAGGGCAGGGUGACAUGACUCAGAGUCAGCCAUUCAUGGUGGCUGUGGUAGGUAACACAAGCAACCAAAGCAGAAGGGCAAAAGGGAAAAGUAUACCUCAUUCCCUUCCUUAUAUUGUAUGCCGGCUACCCACUCCUGGACAGAUGCAGCACUCACCACCAGUCCCAGUGCUAGACAAUGAACCAAUCAUAAAUGCUAGACUCAGCUGCCUCCAUAACUGCACGAGGCUUUGGGGGCACACCAGACACAAACCGUAACAUUCCACCACUGGUCCCCCAAAGACUCAUGCAUAUCCUUUAUGCAAAACACAUUUAGUCCAUCUCUAAGGGUUGCCAAAGUCCUAACAGUUUCAGCAUUGCUGAAAAGUCCAAGUCCCAAGUCUCCUCUGAGAUUUACAGCAAACUUUUAACUGUAACCCCAUGUUCAAAUUAAAACAAAGAUAAACACUUUGAAUAGGCAGUAGCACAAGAUACACAUUACCAUUCCAAUGAGUACAAAUGGGGAGAGACAAAUGGGACUAAAGCAAGUCCAAAAUCCAGCAGGGCAAACAUUACCUCCUGGAGUUUAAUGUUCAGCAUCUAAAGAAAUCUGGUUGUGAACUCCAAAGAGCUUGAGUGACUCUUCCCCCAUGGCACUUGUGGUUCUUGCUCCCGUGGCUUCUCUCUUGGGCUGACUUUGCUCCCUCCUUACAGAUUUUCUUAGAUGAUCCAAACUUCUGGGUUCUCGAUCUCAUCUUUGGCUUCAUACUCACAGCUUUGCAUAUUGGCCUUUCAGGGACAUACAGCUUGGCCUUCCAGGCCUUCUGCAAUUGGGGUGGAAGCUCUUUUAACCUCAGAACUCUUACCUUCUGCAUACACCUAAAACCAGUGCCAUGUGAAUGAUGCUGAGGUCUCCUGCCUGUUGGAGCAGUAGCCAGGCUUUCCUCUCUCUUGGCUGUAGGGGUCAAGUGCCUGGAUCCCUGAGCACUCUGAAGCUGAUUCUGAGGAACACACUCAAACCUGGUGUGACUGCCACCACCAUUCUGGAAAAUGGUGCUCUGUUUCCUUUUCCUCAAAGCAAAGUCUUUCACUUUUGCAGUUAUGAGGCUGUUAAGUAUGGAAACCCACUGCUGCUUGUGAUGUCCUAAGGCCAUCUUUUAUAUACUCUAGUUCUUUCUCAACAAUAGAGAUCUCAGCUCUAUCUUAGCAGUCCACGGCUUUACUAGAGACUUUUUCCUGGCCAAACUCAAAACACUUCAGAUCACCUUGCUGGGCUCUUUGCUCUUGAUUCACAACAUAAAUCUGUCUAAAAGCCCUCAACAAUAGCCAUGCCAUCACUUCAAUAUUUGACUGUCUUGAAAUGUCUUCUGCCAGAUUAAUUAAUCCACCACCCUUAAUCUUAGUUACACACAUGAGCAAAAUGCAGAGAAACUUUCUGCCAGGCUAUGACACACAUUGUCUGGAGUAAAACAACAACCAAUGUAGUCCUUCCCAGUAGAAACCUCCCAAGCCUGGUCUUUACUGGUUUUCUGAGCUGUGACUAGAAUCUCUCAUACAAAACACCCCACGAUGUUACAGCUCUACUCUUUCAGGUUUGGGUAACAUCUCCAAACCUUUCUAAACUCCACAAGCCAUUCCCAAAGGCUCCUGAACCACAUGAUCAGGUAUAGUCACAGCAACAACCCCACUCCCGGUACCAAAUUCUGUCUUGGUUACUUUUCUCAUUGCUGAGACAAAAUACUUGAUGCCCAAAAUGAAGGAAGGAAAGGUUAACACUCAUGUGGAAUUUUGUGUCCUUACUUUCCCAUGGCUGUCUACUCAUCAGUUCUAGAACCUCUGUGACAUCUUCUCUUGGAAGCCUUCCUAGACUCUGCUCUAGACUCUGUUUCAUUUCCUUCCUAGUAUACUGUCCAGAGUUAUUUAUUUGCCUACUUGUUAAUUGUUUUCAUUUCCUUACCAGAAUAUUAUCUCUGUGGCAGGAGGAGCUCUGUGAUAUUUACUACUAUGUCCACCAGGCCUUGAAUUGUGUCUAGUACAUGAGAGACUCCAAGAACCACGUGCUGAAAGACAACAAAAACAAACAACUGUUUGCUACCUGGCUAUCUCCUUUCUCAUUGGAACAUGAGGUCAUGAGUCUGGGGACCUUUCCUGUGUGGUCUAUGCUUCUGUGUUCCCAGGGUUUCGUGCAGCAUCCAAGCAUGGGGGUAGCAAUAGAGCUAUGAGAAAUGAGGUCUUGCUGUGGGAGCAAAAAGAUCUCAGAUCAGGAUCCGUUGACUCAAUUUCCUCCUUUCCUGUUUUGGUCUUCUAUCUACUGUUCAGCUAUUUCAGAAAUGCAUGAUUCAACUGAAUGAAAAUAGCAUCAAUUAUAUUACGUGAACUGCUUACUGCUUAACCAAAUCUUCAUGGUUCAGUGAUGGAGGGGUAUGUAUAUGUCUCUGCCCGUGUGAUAAUCUUUAUCAUAAGCUUACAAACACUAUUGCAUUUCUUUCUCUAUGAAGUUUAUUACUUUGUAUUUAUGCCCACUCUCAACUGAAAAGAAUUCUAAUCACCAUUAAUGAGGAUUUAAAUUGCUGAAGGUAUUUACUGUUUUUUACUUAUACUUAGCCUUUAGUUUUAUUUCUUUGCACCUAAAUUUAAUUUUGCUUUGAACUCCUUCGCAUUAACUUGUAUAUUAGAUACACAAAUCUUCAUUUGAAGAUGACUAAGAAACUCCUGAUGCUAAAAGGGUUUACUCCACCUUCCUCAAGGCCUUCAAGGAUUUUGCUAAUGGCUUUCAUUUGUCUAACAGAGUAUCUGCAGCCUCCGUGUCAUACUGAGAUGCUCUGCACUGACAUCUCUUUCUCUGAAGGCUUUGUGACAAGUGUUCAUGUUGUGUAUAAGAGCUCUGCUCUCCGUAUAUCUACUAAUCUCUUCAAGGGACAGACAAGGGGUUUGUCUGAAGGAUUAGGGCAGCUGCGGGCAUGGAGGGGAAAAGAGAGAACAAGACCUGAAAUCAUAUUUUUAUUCUCUUGAUCUUAAAUUCAAGAUGACAAGAAAUGUUGGAGCUUGAAAUAAAUCUACCUUAAAGACUACUUAGAGGCUGCUUUGUUCCCAGAGGACAAGUGGCCACCCCAGCCACAGAGCUGAAAUGCAGUCCGCAUGGAAACCGACCUUCCCUUUGGACAAGGGAAGGUAAGGUUACCAAGGAGCUGUUAACACUUCUGAUGGCUCAUGGUGAAAUUUUGAGUUAGUCCUCGGAACAUUCCUUAUGUUUCUUACCUGUAAAAUGUGUCUGCUCAUUCCUGCCUUUCUAUCUGCUAGAGAAAAGUCCCAAUGAGUUAUCAACAGAUUAUUUUAUUAAGUAUCCAAUUGUAUAUGGAAUAGUGCAGGCCUUUUACAGAAGAGUAACAGUAUCAUGAUAAUACCUUUAAUUAAUCUAAUUCUUGAAAUAUUUAUUUUAAACAAUCCAUUAUUGUGGUUUAUUGCUCAUAAAGCACAAAAAUGUUUACAGUAAGAAGCCUCCCCACCACUACCAUUUUAUGUCUUGGAUUUAAAUGCUAUGUCCAAGCUUUUCUUUCCAAAUUGUUAUUCCAUAGGCAUUGGCUGAAUUAGAAGCUUGGGUCUGAAGUAAGAAAAACAGGUGUGGAUGUGUGUCUGCCUGUAGAAAUACUGGGUGGAGACUUCCAAGACCGCAACUUGGAAAGCUCUUCAGAAGUCAGUAGAUGGGGGAUGUGUCUUGUCACUUGCUCAUUUGCUGGUGCCCACAGCUCAUGGGAGGAGAGGUUUAUUGUGGGUCAGGUUUCAGAAUUUUCAGUCUGUGUUUGGCAAGAGUAUUAAACACUGAAGCAGCACAGUGAAGAACUGGCAGAGGACAGCCGCUCACAUCAUGAUGUGCAGGAAACAGAAGGUAGGAGCCGGAGAGGAAGACAGACAGACCCCUCCCAGUCAUGCCCCCGUGACUGGAACGGCAGGUCAGCUGCAUGGCCCUCACGAUUCCGUCACCUUCCAAAGCCCUGCCUUUCUCUAUCCAAACUGUAAGAGCUUGCCGGGAAGUUUUUGGGUGGUGUGGGGUUCACUGCAGGGUGCCAUUUUCCUGGGUGCUUCUUGCUGAGUAGAAACCUGGAAAGUCACAGAGGACUCUGCAGAACAUAACCUGAUUGUAGGACCUUUACUGCAUUGUCUUUAUAAAUUGAAGAACAGAAGUAUGGCAGAAUUAGUGUAAAAAUGAUUAAAUAAUUAUUGAGUGAAUUUAGAAUCUUGCAAUGUUGGGCUGGAAGAAGCCUUUGAGAUCCUCUAGCCUAACCAUUUGAGUGGCUGAAUACUAGAUGUCCUCACAUCUGGGACUGGACCUGCUGAACUUUGUCCCCAGCUCUGUAUCGUGUACAAUUUUAUGUCUGUUUAGGAGUGUCACGUUUAAGGGGCACGCAGGUGAAAAGGACCAUUUCAGCAUGUGGGGGAUAAAUGAAAGAAUUGCACUUCUUAGGCUUAGGAGAAGGAGAGGAAAUUUUAGAGCACAGAUACGUCGUCCUUGUCUGGAUGGCCUGACAGUGAAGCAGUGUCCUCAGUAGUUCGAAAUCAUACGCAGCACCAGCGAGUCGAGGCUCUGGGGCUGGGACUCAGCGUAGGCUGGGAACCUUUUGAACGGUGGGAGCUGCGGGGAGCUGCCAGUCAGGAUCCAGCAUCCCACAGGGCCGCAGUUUCAGCAGAGGCUGCGUGGCCAGGGGGAAGGAGGGGAGGCGGGGUGAAGGCUGUUGGGCAGAGUCCACUGCCGGACUUGGGUGACUCUCAGAUCACUGCCCCCCGAGGCCCUGCACUUGGUCUGACACCAAGUAGAGCUUUCCUUUUGUGUGAACUUUCUGUAUUAAACCUCAUUAAAUUCAUUUAUUUGUGUUCCCCUUUUACUCAUCCACUUCGUUCCUAUUGGCGAAAGAUAAUGAGAUACAUAAUAAUUAUUGUCUUCCUCUUCCAUUGCUGCUAUAAUAAAUUAUCCCUAACUUAGUGGUUUAAAGGAA